CUCGUUACACUUGUACCCGGUGCUAACGUACUUAUUAUCAGCCCUAACUAUAAUUUAUCUACUAUUAGUUUCGAGCUGCAGCGUAAAUUAAUCAAGCACUUUGACCUAGAAAUUUCUCGCGAUAACUUAAAAGAUCGUAUUAUUGAAUUGUCGAAUGGUUCAACUAUUCGUAUGGGUAGUUUGUCAACUGUGGACUCGUGCGUUGGUCGUAGUUAUGACUUAAUUAUUUUUGACGAAGCUGCACUAGGAGCCGAUGGUGAAGCAGCGUUUAACGUUGCACUACGCCCUACUCUAGACAAGCCCAAUUCCAAAGCUAUUUUUAUUUCGACACCUCGUGGUAAAAACAACUGGUUUAGUCGAUUCUUUGAGCGUCAGAUUUAUCAACUUGCCGAAACUCAGAUUUGUGACUAUGUGCCCAGUGACGGUGAUGAAGCCAUUGCUGGCUGCGACCCUGGUUAUCGUGACCCUACUGCUUUUGUGGUUGUGGUAUAUCAACCCUCGGUAGACAAGUACCACGUUGUAGACGAGUACUUAAAGUCGGAAGCAACCACAGACAAACACGCGGUGGCGUUUCAAGAACUGAUUAGUCGUUGGGCGGUUGAUCCGAUCUUUAUUGACUCGGCUGCACCACAAUUUGCAUCGGACUUGGCUUACCUUUACGACAUAGCAACCAUCAAGGCCAAAAAAGAUGUACUACCAGGAAUUGCCUAUGUGCAAACUCUAGUAGAAACAAACCGCCUAGUAGUAGCACCACAUUGCACACAUACCUUGGCAAUGUUGGAUCAGUAUCGUUGGGAUACAAAGGAGACUUUAACCACGGAAAAGCCGCUGCAUGAUGAAUUCUCGCACAUGGCUGAUGCCCUACGAUACGCACUAUAUACAUUCACAUUAUAA